GUCGCUUCAACUGUCAUGUUGUCAGAUUUGUUCUAUUAGCAAAAUCGCUUUAAAAUGGUCUUCAUAGCUGUCACAGAUCCAAAAGAGGACGAAUCAAUGGAGAUUUCGACAGCGGCGCAUCCAGUUAGCGAGCAGGUCACCUCUCAAACAGACAGAUGUUCUGGCUGCGAUGAAGUUGUAACUGAUCGUUAUUUAUUAAAAGUUGCCGACACAUGCUGGCAUGUACGUUGUCUUAAAUGCUGUGCUUGCCAGUGUGACUUGGGUCUGGAGACGAGUUGCUACACAAAAGAUCGAAAGAUAUAUUGCAAAGCAGAUUACGCAAGAGAAUUUGGAGCUAAGUGUUCAAGCUGCCUGCGAAAUAUACAAGCCAGUGACUGGGUACGGAAAGCAAGGAAUAAUGUUUAUCACUUGGCGUGUUUCUCGUGCGCGGUUUGCGCCAGACAGUUAUCCACAGGGGAGGAGUUCGCGCUUCAAGAUACGAGAGUUUACUGCAAGGUCCAUUAUAUAGAGUUGUUGGAGGCCAGUGUGUUUUGUACCAAUAAUGAUGAACCCUCACUAUUGAAACCGAAACGAAUCCGAACGACUUUCUCGGAAGAUCAACUCCAAAUAUUAAACGCAAACUUUAAUUUGGACCCAAAUCCCGACGGCCACGAUUUGGAACGAAUUGCUAAACAAACAGGUUUAAGCAAACGUGUUACGCAGGUUUGGUUUCAGAAUUCCCGCGCAAGACAAAAGAAACAGUCGUCAAACAGCGAAUAGACGUCGACAUCGUAUAGUUGCAUUGAUAUUGAAAGGUUGAUAUUGUAUGGAUAGAUGCUUGUUCCUGACCAAAAUUCUGGAUCACAAAUUCUCAUUUUUUGUCAGUUACGUUGUGGAAGACAAUCUAAUUGGAAAACUCCUCUACAGUAUAAAGUUUAAAUUUUUGGGAGUAUCUCUCAGUUUGAAAUUAUUUUAACUGCGUGUACGGCAGGCUGUAUAUUAGAAAAUAUACGUAACUACUACAGAAAUGAGACCUCGAAAUACUGUUAUAGUGCUUGCAUGUACCUUAUAAACUACAUGUUCGUGUGAUGCUCUAAGAUUUUAAGUCAGUUUUCUGCUAGUGAAAUGAGCAAAAGCGAUUGGUAAGCGGAGAAAGACUUGUUAAGACUUAAGCACACAAACAUGGCUGCGCCCUGGGCAUAGUUUUUGUCCUGUUAAUUAUGUGUUAACGUUCUAUAUGGAAAACUGGCUUGAACCAGAUGUCUCUUUAAGAAGUCAGAGCAGACGAUGAAUUAUCAACGAGUUUCGCGGUGUCCCGAAUCAUUUUAAGAUCUUUCUGAAUUUUGAAAUCCUGUAAAUCGUGCAUCACAUGUAAAACUCUGAAUUGAACUUCUUUGUUCUGAACCGUUCCGGAACAUUGAUAUGACCAUAUGGACACUGUAAUAGACGAAAAUAUGAUUUCAAAAGAGUUGUACUAGUUAUAAAUCUAAAUUCGCUAAAACUUUGCAUGUGUUUAUGCUCAUUGCCAGCGAUGUCAAAAAAACUGUUUAUUGUUAGAUUCUACUGUAAGUGCAUUGCUAUAUGGUUACGUUGUUGUAAUAUACAUUUAAGAGAAAUAUAUAGACUAUAGUAAAUGCGAUUGAUCUGGGAGACAAAGGCAUGCAUAUCCCAACCUUAUGCUUGCAAAUAAAGGAAAGCUUUUGGCUU